GGACAGCCGGAAGUGCCGAGACUCCAGGCAGAAGGGCUUCCGGCAGGUCGGCCUGCUCACCGGGCAUCACCAUGGCGGCCUCCUUGGCCGGGAAAAAAAUCGUGUUUGUCACAGGGAACGCCAAAAAGCUGGAGGAGGUGCCGAGAGGGUGUGGAAGUCUGGCCAGGAGGGCAGUGAGGCUUCUGCUGGACAUCACCUUUGACCGAUCUUGCUUGUGUCAAGGGUUUGUUCCUGCUCAGAGAUCCAUGGCCAAGGAGGUCAUUCAGAUUCUAGGAGAGAAGUUUCCAUGCACUUUGGUGGCACAGAAAAUUGACUUGCCGGAGUACCAGGGAGAGCCUGAUGAGAUUUCCAUACAGAAGUGUCAGGAGGCAGCUCGCCAGGUACAGGGGCCCGUUCUAGUAGAGGACACCUGUCUGUGCUUCAAUGCCCUCGGAGGCCUCCCUGGUCCUUACAUCAAGUGGUUUCUGGAGAAAUUAAAGCCUGAAGGUCUCCACCAGCUCCUGGCCGGAUUUGAGGACAAGUCCGCCUAUGCACUCUGCACGUUCGCGCUCAGCACCGGGGACCCGGGCGCACCAGUGCGUCUGUUCCGGGGCCGGACCUCGGGCCGGAUUGUUGUACCCCGAGGCUGCCGGGACUUUGGCUGGGACCCCUGCUUUCAGCCUGAUGGAUAUGAGCAGACGUACGCCGAGAUGCCCAAGGCUGAGAAGAAUGCCAUCUCCCAUCGCUUCCGGGCUCUGCGAGAGCUGCAAGAACACUUCCGCAGCCUGACCCCUCCUGGGGCUAGUGACGACCACUCUGGCCGGGGGUCUGGGGAGGGCUAGCCUGGAACCUCACCCACGGAGCAGACACCCCUCCAAAUGUUUCCCUUACUACUUCCUGGAGAUGUGGAGACAGCCUCACUGGCCCUCUGGAGGGCAGCUGGCUCUGCCUGGAGAAGCGCUGGGCAGGAACACCAUUCUCUUGCCCUUGGGGUUUCAGUGGUCUCCCCUGCAGUCUCCAGGCCUGGGAUUUAAAAAGGUCUUUGGGAGUUAAACUAGCCAUGGCAGGAUUGAGGGUUUGGGGAAGAACCAAACUAUAGCUGUUCAUGUUUUUGAAAUGCAGCAAAAUAAAAGUACGGGAAGACACUUGCUUCCAAAAUAA